GAUGCCGGGGCAAUGUCCCGCCGCAAACAGGGCAACCCGCAGCACUUGUCCCAGAGGGAGCUCAUCACCCAGCCUGAGCAUGUGGAGGCCACCAUCCUCGAGGAAGAUGAGGGUCUGGAGAUAGAGGAGCCCAGCAGCCUGGGGCUGAUGGUGGGUGGCCCCGACCCUGACCUGCUCACCUGUGGACAGUGUCAGAUGAACUUCCCCCUGGGGGACAUCCUGGUUUUUAUAGAGCACAAGAAGAAGCAGUGUAGCGGCAGCCUGGGUGGCUGCUAUGACAAAGGCCUGGACAAGGGCAGCCCGCCGCCCUCCUCACGCUCUGAGCUCAGGAAAGUGUCCGAGCCGGUGGAGAUCGGGAUCCAGGUCACCCCCGACGAAGAUGACCACCUGCUCUCACCCACGAAAGGCAUCUGCCCCAAGCAGGAGAACAUUGCAGGGCCGUGCAGGCCUGCCCAGCUGCCAGCGAUGGCCCCCAUAGCUGCUUCCUCCUCCCACCCUCACACAUCUGUGAUUACUUCACCUCUGCGUGCCCUGGGCGCUCUACCGCCCUGCUUCCCCCUGCCGUGCUGCAGCGCGCGCCCUGUCUCGGGUGACGGGACUCAGGGUGAGGGUCAGACGGAGGCUCCCUUUGGAUGCCAGUGUCAGUUGUCAGGUAAAGAUGAGCCUUCCAGCUACAUUUGCACAACAUGCAAGCAGCCCUUCAACAGCGCGUGGUUCCUGCUGCAGCACGCGCAGAACACGCACGGCUUCCGCAUCUACCUGGAGCCCGGGCCGGCCAGCAGCUCGCUCACGCCGCGGCUCACCAUCCCGCCGCCGCUCGGGCCCGAGGCCGUGGCCCAGUCCCCGCUCAUGAAUUUCCUGGGCGACAGCAACCCCUUCAACCUGCUGCGCAUGACGGGCCCCAUCCUGCGGGACCACCCGGGCUUCGGCGAGGGCCGCCUGCCCGGCACGCCGCCGCUCUUCAGCCCGCCGCCGCGCCACCACCUGGACCCGCACCGCCUCAGCGCCGAGGAGAUGGGGCUCGUCGCCCAGCACCCCAGUGCCUUCGACCGAGUCAUGCGCCUGAACCCCAUGGCCAUCGACUCGCCCGCCAUGGACUUCUCGCGGCGGCUCCGCGAGCUGGCGGGCAACAGCUCCACGCCGCCGCCCGUGUCCCCGGGCCGCGGCAACCCUAUGCACCGGCUCCUGAACCCCUUCCAGCCCAGCCCCAAGUCCCCGUUCCUGAGCACCCCGCCGCUGCCGCCCAUGCCCCCCGGCGGCACGCCGCCGCCCCAGCCGCCGGCCAAGAGCAAGUCGUGCGAGUUCUGCGGCAAGACCUUCAAGUUCCAGAGCAAUCUCAUCGUGCACCGGCGCAGCCACACGGGCGAGAAGCCCUACAAGUGCCAGCUGUGCGACCACGCGUGCUCGCAGGCGAGCAAGCUCAAGCGCCACAUGAAGACGCACAUGCACAAGGCCGGCUCGCUGGCUGGCCGCUCCGACGACGGGCUCUCGGCCGCCAGCUCCCCGGAGCCCGGCACCAGCGAGCUGGCCGGCGAGGGCCUCAAGGCGGCCGACGGCGACUUCCGCCACCACGAGAGCGACCCGUCGCUGGGCCACGAGCCUGAGGAGGAGGACGAGGAGGAGGAGGAGGAGGAGGAGGAGCUGCUGCUGGAGAACGAGAGCCGGCCCGAGUCGAGCUUCAGCAUGGACUCGGAGCUGAGCCGCAACCGGGAGAACGGCGGCGGCGGCGGUGGCGGCGGGGUGGCCGGGGUGCCGGGCGCGGGCGGCGGCGUGGGCGGCGCGGCCAAGGCGCUGGCCGACGAGAAGGCGCUGGUGCUGGGCAAGGUCAUGGAGAACGUGGGCCUGGGCGCGCUGCCGCCCUACGGCGAGCUGCUGGCUGACAAGCAGAAGCGCGGCGCCUUCCUGAAGCGCUCGGCGGGCGGCGGGGACCCGGGCGACGACGACGACGCGGGCGGCUGCGGCGACGCGGGCCCCGGCGGCGCGGUCAACGGGCGCGGCGGCGGCUUCGCGCCGGGCGCCGAGCCCUUCCCGGGCCUCUUCCCGCGCAAGCCGGCGCCGCUGCCCAGCCCCGGGCUCAACAGCGCGGCCAAGCGCAUCAAGGUGGAGAAGGACCUGGAGCUGCCGCCCGCCGCGCUCAUCCCGUCCGAGAACGUGUACUCGCAGUGGCUCGUGGGCUACGCGGCGUCGCGGCACUUCAUGAAGGACCCCUUCCUGGGCUUCACGGACGCGCGCCAGUCGCCCUUCGCCACGUCGUCCGAGCACUCGUCCGAGAACGGCAGCCUGCGCUUCUCCACGCCGCCCGGGGACCUGCUGGAUGGCGGGCUGUCGGGCCGCAGCGGCACGGCCAGCGGGGGCAGCACGCCGCACCUGGGCGGCCCCGGCCCCGGGAGGCCGAGCUCCAAGGAGGGCCGGCGCAGCGACACGUGCGAGUACUGCGGCAAGGUGUUCAAGAACUGCAGCAACCUGACGGUGCACCGGCGGAGCCACACCGGCGAGCGGCCUUACAAGUGCGAGCUGUGCAACUACGCAUGCGCGCAGAGCAGCAAGCUCACGCGCCACAUGAAGACGCACGGGCAGAUCGGCAAGGAGGUGUACCGCUGCGACAUCUGCCAGAUGCCCUUCAGCGUCUACAGCACCCUGGAGAAACACAUGAAAAAGUGGCACGGCGAGCACUUGCUGACUAACGACGUCAAAAUCGAGCAGGCCGAGAGGAGCUAA